GGCGCCUUCCUUCGCCUACCUCAUUGCACUCGUAAUCAGCUCAGCUGGAGGGCAGUCUCGUCAUUCCGGCAGCUCUUCCACCAUGCCUUGCCUUGACCUUCCUAUUCUUCCCCCACAAAGCACAGGGCCUUAUCUGCUCUGCUGCUCUCUCUCCCUCCCCACCCCACUCGCCGUCUCCAAUUCCAAUCCGUGCUCUUGUGCCAAGUCAGGCAAUCAAUCAAAGAGUCCAAAGAUCCCAGCUUUCCCAUGGCGAGCGUCGAUCUCCCGCCUCCUCCUCCUUCCGAGGAGACGCCGGCGGCAGUGGCGGCGGCCGAGGAGGACGAGGACCUGAUCGAGAUCGUGGAGGAAGGUUCGGGGCGGCUGGACAUCGCCCGGUACGUGGACCACGUGCGGGACCUGUCGGCGGGCGCCAUCGCGACGUUCGAGGGCACGACGCGGGACCACUUCGCGGGGCGGCGCGUGGUGGAGCUCCGGUACGAGGCGUACGCGGCCAUGGCGCGGCGCCGCCUGGGGGCCAUCCUGCGGGAGGCCCGGUCCCUGCACGCGCUGCGGCGGCUGGCCGUGGCGCACCGCCUGGGCGCCGUCCCCGCCGGGGAGGCCAGCGUGUUCGUGGCCGCCUCCGCCACGCACCGCGCCGACGCCAUGGAGGCAUGCCGCUACGUCAUCGACGAGCUCAAGGCGUCCGUUCCCAUCUGGAAGAAGGAGGUCUACGACGACGGCGAGGUCUGGAAGGAGAAUCGCGAGUUCUUGGACCGCCACGCCGGCGACGCCCACGGCAACGGCUCGGCCGCCGCGGCGCAGACGAAGGCGGGCGGGUGCUGCGGGAGCAAGGUCAGGGUGCAGGAGGCUUAAUGGUGAUGGAUGGCGGCGCCCGGCUCUCUCCAUCGCCAUCGCAAUCGCAAUCCACGGGAGUGGGUGGUGUUUCAUGAAAUUCUCUGUACAACUCGAUGCCCGUUGACUAAUUUUUCCUCCAGUUUUAUUGCUGAGAGAGACUACUGCUAAGUACAUCUUGAAGUUGAAAGGCAGAUAGAUGUUUUGAGAAAAGUGAGAAGUGAUGAGGGAAAAUAGUACAGUAAAGAUUUGUUUCUGAAAAAUUCAGUUUGUUGGAAGAAACGGCAUGUGAAGUCACGUUUCUAGAUUCUAUCUAUGCCUUGUAUACCAACACAACAUGGCGAAAAAAUAACACGAAUUCUGUACUCUUUGAGGAGCCA